UAGCGAUGCAAAGAUAUGGUCCAAGAUUUACAACUCAGUCAAACAGAAGCGGAUAUUUUACACACUGCCCCUUGUCCACCAUCAUGGGAUAUGUCACUUUUGUUUUCCUUCACCAUCUGUUUAGAUUGUGAACAGAGAAUACAAUUACUAUAUAAAUGUUUGAAAGAAUGGAACAUAACAAUUGACUGCGAAAAUAUUCUAAACUGUGACGACUGCAUUUCUUGUGAUAUUUGUGGUACCGGCUCAGACACGGACAACAAGGAAAUCGCUUUGAACGAAACUACAUGGGAAAAUGACAAAAUCGAAAAGAAUGAAAACUUUACAGUAGAAGUUGAAGUGGAAGUAGUUACUGUAUCUGUAAUUCUUUCAGUGACUGCUGUUACAGUAUGUACUGUAACUGUAUUCAUAGUGUGCAAAAAGAGACGCAAACAAAGUAGAUUGAAAUUAAGACAACCGAAUAAAAGAGACAGAAUUCUGAAUAAAGAAACUAAAAUAACAUUGGUUAAAGACGAAAAAGAAGACGAAAUUGAGAAAAUGAAUGUAUCAGAUAAGUUACUUAAUGAGAAUAUACAAACUUGUUCUAAAGAAAAAAUCACAUGAAUGAUCUAUUCCUGCUUACUUCGAAUACAGAAGAGAAUCAAAAUGAAAUGCUAACAUAAGGAAGAAAUGAGAAGUCGAACUUAAACCAACCAAUGCAUCCAAAGCCUUUUCAGAUUAUCAGAACGUGAAAAGAGUAAAUAUGGUUAAGGAUGAACCUAUAUGGAUUAAAGCUUUAUGUAAAAUUGAGAUUCUUUAGUGCUUACAAACAGUAAAGAAUCCUGUUGCGGAAGACAAAUGGCACGGAACAAAACUAUAGCCAUUAAGCUACUAGUAUUGUUAAGAUACAGAGAAAAGAAAAUCGGACCUAAAAAAGGAACAUGUGGAUCGAUUAGCAAGUAACAAAAAAAAAGGGCAAACGGUUUUGUUAUCUACCAACAACACGGAAACUACAUGUACAAAUAAUCAGGAAAACCGGAGAGUGAAUGGCCCAUAUUUACACAGUAAAAACUUAUUACACGAAAAGAAGAAAAUAUAACACGAAUAUACCCUACAAUUACAAGUUUAUGUAGACGAGCAAGUAAUGUACAAUAGACAAUUUUAAUUUAGAUUAUAAUUGUGAAUUUGAUUUUGUGAAUAAAUUUGUGUAGGAAAGGAAAUCCCGAGACGAUGCAUA